GCUCCACACGCACAGACGCACACACACAGACAGAGGCAGCACGGCAGCGCCCGGGAUAACAUGAUUAUCGCUCCAUUAGCUCCUCCGCCGAGCAGCGGCUGUAGAUGCGCAGGGAUCACAGCGGGGGAGAGAGGGUGAGACACCGGGGGGAGACUUGACGCCUCAUCUUGCCCAUGGAUCCGCUCCGCGUCUGGAUCUGCGUAAAGAAGUUACCCGCUCUCUGCGCCUUAAUGCCCGUGCGUCUCUGGCACUGGAGAGGCUGCGUACCCGCUUGUUUCCUCAGACUGAAACAUAAUUAGAGCUUCUCCUUGUGGAGGCAGCAGUGCACGAUGAAAGAGAAACAUCCAGCCGGAGAAGCCUAACAGGAGUGAUUCAGACGCUUCCCGUCUCUGCUGCUGCUCUGAGCUACGAGCUCUGUGCUUCCUGGUGGAUGAUAUUUUAUUAACCUCAGCUGAACUCACUUAGAAGAAGUGGGCCGACCUGCUCCGAUGGAGUUUAUCAACGACACCAACCAGACUCUUCCAGAGGUGGCCCAGUACAGCCUCCACAUGUCCCUGCCGCUCACCGUGCUGGUGGGGAUGAUGAUCCUGCUCACAGUGUUCGGUAAUGUGCUGGUGGUCAUAGCUGUGUUUACAAGCCGGGCCCUGAGGGCUCCUCAGAACUUGUUCCUGGUGUCCCUGGCGUCAGCGGACAUUUUGGUGGCCACCCUGGUGAUGCCCUUCUCCUUGGCCAAUGAGCUUAUGGGAUACUGGUACUUUGGCGAGGUGUGGUGCGAAAUCUAUCUGGCACUCGAUGUUCUGCUCUGCACUGCCUCUAUCGCCCACCUCUGUGCCAUCAGCUUAGACCGCUACUGGUCCAUCACACAGGCCAUCGAGUACAACCUGAAGAGGACGCCGCGCCGCAUCAAGUGCAUCAUCUUCAUCGUGUGGGUCAUUGCGGCAGUUAUCUCUUUCCCGCCACUCAUCACCAUGGAGAAAGAAAACAGGCAGGAGGACCCCGUGUGUAAGAUAAACAAUGAUAAGUGGUACGUCAUCUCCUCCUGCAUCGGCUCCUUCUUCCUCCCUUGCGUCAUCAUGGUGCUGGUCUAUGUGCGGAUCUACCAGAUCGCCAAGAAGCGGACGCGGGCGCCUCCAGGAGACAGGAAGCGGAAGGUUAUGCUGAAAAUGGGCCCCAUCGCUGCUGUCGACCCGAAGGAGAACGGCGUAGGAGCUGAGGACCACGAAAACCUAAACGGCAAGAGGGACAUCGAGCUGAAGGAGGGAGUGGAAGGAGAAGAAGGGCCAGACGAGGAGAAAGAGGACGUGAACGGGGUGGACAUCGAGGAGUCGUCUUCUUCUGAGCACAAAGUGAACAACCCCUGCUCGAUCAAAAAGAAAUCGUCCAAGGGGAAAACCAAACUGAGCCAAAUCAAACCGGGUGAGGAGGGCCAUGUCCAAAAGCGGAGGCAGAGCACCAAAGGCAGCCGCUGGAAGGGCCGCCAGAACCGGGAGAAACGGUUCACCUUCGUCCUAGCCGUGGUCAUCGGAGGGUUUGUCAUCUGCUGGUUUCCCUUCUUCUUUACCUACAUGCUGAUGACCUUGUGCGAGUCCUGCCCCGUGCCUGACACCCUGUUUAAGUUCUUCUUCUGGUUCGGUUACUGCAACAGCGCGCUGAAUCCCAUCAUCUACACCAUCUUCAACAAUGACUUCAGGAGGUCGUUCAAAAAGAUCCUGUGCAGGAGGGACACGAGAAGAUACGUAUGACGGACUCCAUCUUUGUGUACAUACCUCUUUUUGUUACUAUGUUGUACAUUAAUCAUAAAGUGUCUUGUACAUAGAUCACUGACUCAUGAACGCUCUAUAGGUGUAACUGCUUGAAAAGGCUUCCACAGGACUUUACAUGCAGCGUCUUCUUUUCAAAACAUCCACCGCCCACAGCUUCCACAUGACCACACGGAGAGAAGGACCCAGUGAAGCCAUGCUUUUAUUUAAACGUUAUUUUUAUUUUUAUAAAACCAACAAAGUGAUAUGUGUUGUAUUUUUAACGACAGUAUGUUGUGCAAAAUGAACUGUUUCGAUAUUUGUCUCUAUUUUGAGGAUGAUGAUGAAAGUGAUGAUGAUGGUGAUGAUGACUCUUUAAAGAAUAAAACCCAUUUCAUCAACUGGUCCCAGCACUCCAAACCCUGCUAAAGCA